GCGGCCUCUUCGGGCGGAUCCUUGUCCUAGUCUGUUGCGGAGAGCUGGAGGCCUGAGCGUUCGAUACCUGUAUGGACUCGCGGAUGCCCGGACCUGGCUGAACAGCUGCCUCCGGCUUGUCCGCGUGUCCGCUUGCCCUCUCAUUCAAGGUCGAGUCCGAGAGAGCUUGGGCCCGGGAGCAGCGACGCCGGAGUCCGCGCACCUGCAUGGAAGCGCCAGGGGACCCCGAGAGCCCACGCCCCCCAGGAGGUGACCGCGGGCGGAGAGUCCGGGUGAUGAUUCCCUGGGAACUGCAAGAGAGGCUCCCAGGCAGCUUUCAAGAGAACAGUUUUUUACGCUGAUAUCAGCUGCGUCCAUUAACUUGGGAUCCAGUAUGUGCUAUUCUAUUCUUGGGCCCUUUUUCCCCAAGGAGGCUGAAAAGAAAGGAGCCAGCAAUACAGUUAUUGGUAUGAUCUUUGGAUGUUACGCGUUGUUUAACUUGCUGGCAUCUUUGGCUUUUGGAAAAUAUCUUGUACAUAUUGGAGCAAAGUUUAUGUUUGUAGCAGGAAUGUUUGUCUCAGGAGGAGUUACAGUUCUCUUUGGUGUGUUGGACAAAGUUCCAGAAGGACCAAUAUUUAUUGCUCUGUGUUUUCUCGUGAGGGUGGCAGAUGCCAUAAGCUUUGCUGCAGCAAUAACUGCUUCUUUUUCUAUCCUCGUGAAGGCCUUUCCAAAUAAUGUGGCAACAGUAUUGGGAAGCCUUGAGAUUUUCUCUGGACUUGGACUAGUGCUAGGGCCUCCUUUAGGUGGCUUUUUGUACCAGUCUUUUGGCUAUGAGGUGCCUUUUAUUUUUCUGGGAUGCGUGGUUCUUCUGAUGGUACCACUCAACAUGUAUAUUUUACCUAAUUAUGAGGCUGAUCCAGGUGAGCAUUCAUUCUGGAAACUCAUCACUUUACCCAAGGUUGCCCUUAUAGCCUUUGUCAUCAAUUCACUCAGCGCGGGCCUUGGCUUCCUUGACCCCACUCUGUCUCUUUUUGUUUUGGAAAAGUUUAAUUUGCCAGCUGGAUAUGUGGGACUGGUGUUCCUAGGUUUGGCACUAUGCUAUGCUAUUUCUUCACCACUGUUUGGUCUACUAAGUGAUAAAAUGCCACAUCUAAGGAAAUGGCUUCUGGUUUUUGGAAGCUUAAUCACAGCGGGGUGCUACAUGCUCUUAGGUCCUGUCCCAGUCCUGCACAUUAAGAGUCAGCUCUGGCUGCUGGUGCUGGUAUUGGUUGUAAAUGGCGUCUCUGCUGGGAUGAGUAUAAUUCCAACUUUCCCGGAGAUUCUCAGUUGUGCAUAUGAAAAUGGAUUUGAGGAAGGAUUGAGUACUUUGGGACUUGUGUCAGGUCUUUUUGGUGCAACAUGGUCAGUUGGUGCUUUUUUAGGACCUACACUGGGUGGAUUUCUGUAUGAAAAAAUUGGCUUUGAAUGGGCAGCAGCUAUACAAGGUCUGUUGCCUCUGACAAGUGGAUUAGCAAUGGGCUUAUAUUAUCUACUGGAACACUCAAGGAAAAGAAGACCUAUAUCUCAAGACAUUCUUGGCACAGAGGAGGAACGAACUGCUCUCUUGCCUAAUGAAAUCUAACCUUAUGAUUGCUGGAUUGAUACAGGCUUAGUAGUUGGACCUUUCUGACGUUGAGUGUCACAGUUAGAUUUUCUUAAUCUUUUGCACAAACUCCAUGGAUCCUACACCAGUAUCAUGGAAGUGUCAACACCAGCUGUACUUUGGGCUGCACUUACUAUUGUCUUGAAAAGCUGGCCUGCUGAAUGAGCCAUAUUUGAAACUUUAAGUAUAAGAAGAGCCAUUGAAAACCAGCAAAAGUCUGUGUUGUUAAGAGGCCAAACUUGUCCUUGAAGAUAUUGUUAUUGACUCUACUUUGGCCUCCUGCUUCCUCUAAAAAAUUCCUCUAGUUACUUUUUAUUCUAAGUGCAGUGGUUCUGUGAAUGUAUCAUCUUUUUAAACAGGGAAAGAAGUGAAUUGAUUUGAUAUAUUUAAAAUAUAAAAAUAUGACUCAAAAUUUGUAAAAUAAUUAAUAUGAAAUAGCUUUUAAAAAGUACACAUUUUCGGUUUCCUGAGAUUUAUUUUCUUGUUCAAAAGGUAAAAUUCCUGCCUGCCAGCAGAAACUCUCUAGCAUUCUCUGAGCUCUUCUAAAAGUUUUAUUUGUGUGAAAGGUAUAAGAAUAACAUUACUUACAACUUCCGUUUUUGUAACAUAUUUCAAUUAUGGUCUGGAUUUAUAAACAUCCUUUGGUAUAACAUUAUUUCUUUCCCUUCAUGUCUGUAUGUUUCAUUUGUACCAUCUUCUUUUUUCUUCUUACUUUUGGUAUAUGCAUCCCAUUCUUAAAACAAGUGACCCCA